CGUGCACAACAACAUGGCGUCUGAAAGUGACCGGUUUUUGAGCAAAAAAUGAGACAUAAACGAUGAAUUCACGUGUUCUCUCAUGCAGUGAGUAGCAAUUUAAUCGUCAAAAGUGUCAUGUCAACUUGGUGAAUAAUACUGCAAUGUGUCUUGUAGGAAAUUGUUCCUGGAAUGCUGUAAUUUUCUUCCGGCGUGUAACCUCUUCUGAAACCUCUACCUUCCUUCGCUUGUCGCGCCAAUAUACAGUGCGAUUUUCACGGCUUAAAACAAAGAAGCGACUUUUGGAAGAUGCAUGUGGAAAAUCUGUAAAUAGCAUAGGUUAUCUAAGCAAGGUAAGUUAAAUUUGUUGUAACGCACCGGAUAUUUCAUCAGCUAGCCCAAAUUAACUGCCGGUAGCACUGGCGAUUUAUAAGCUUAGUAAGAUCUAUAUUGUGUCAUCCAAUUGUGAAUCAUUGUACACUUUUCUUGUGUUCUGCUAAUGAUAUACAGUAAGUUAGUUAAUUCUCAUCUGCAUCCAAGUAUGUGAGACUGACCACAGUAAACAAUUUGUCACUCGGGGUGAUUGCAUAAUAUAAGCUAGAAAAGCUAAAGCGCUGUCCCAAAAAAGCGCCGCCUAGUGUAAUUUCUUUCAGUUUCUGUCAUGCAACGCGAAGAAAAAAGGGCCCCCCUGCCCAAAGACUAUAAAAUCCUAAUCUCAUAGUGACUGAAAAUUUUUUUUUAUCUGAUUUGUGGUCAAAGCAGUGUAGCUGUUAUAAUGUGACAGUCCUACAAAUGACAAACUGGGAUGCAAGGGGGUGGGAGAGGGUGGCUGGAGGGGUUAAGAGGGCAUUGUGGUUGUGUUUAGGGGGAGACUUAGGAGAUAAAAGUGCUAGAUAAUAGUUACUUGAUCCAGUCUGAAGAAAUGACUUGGAUACUCAUAUGUUUUUUGAUAUUAAUGUAUCGGGAGAAAUGGGUAGGAACCAUAAUUUUAAGAUACGAUCUAGGAAGACAUGUACAAAUUACUUCAAAUUUUCAUUUUUUAAUCGCUACAUAAUGCAUGCACCUUCAUAAAACAGUGUUAAGUCCUCUCUAUUAGAUCAUUUGUGUCAAUGUUAAAUCAGGUGUAAUGUGUGUGUGGCUAGUAUGCAAUUUAAUUACUGGGUAGGUUAGGUUUGGGCCAUAUUUAAAUUUUACUUCUUAAUUUUUAGGGUGUUUUAUAUUGGAGAAUAUUGUUUGUAUGGGAAUUUAUUUCCCCCAAUUAUUUUCCAGUCAUAUUUUUUUUUCUGUAAUUAAUUUACUUGUAUUAGCAUGGCAAAAUAUUAUAAAACUUAAACUUAAACUUAAAGGUAUAUUAUUAUGCUUUGUGUUUUCCUUUGCAGCCCAAAUCAACCUCAACUGCUUUAAUUGGAAAGACAGCUAGCAGUGUAGAGGAACAGGAAAGCGUGUCAAAUACAGCCACUAAAGAUGAAGAUACUGAGGGGGAGUGGGUGGAGCAGAAAAUUGACUUCAGAAAAUUACCAAGACAAUACAUGCAGCUGUCAAAGAUCAGACUGACAGGUAAUGUGAUUUUUCCAAAGCUUCAUCAUUAGAGAAAUUUGUGAAAACCCGUCUUACGUGAGCUUGCAAAGAAAUUUGUACCAAAUAGCCCGAGGCUGGCAGGUUUUGUGAUUAGGCUGCUUGAUUUUGUCAUUGAUAGAUCAGUAAGUGAAUAAGGAGGCAGUGUGGCCGAGUGAUUGGAGGGCUGAAAUUGCAAUCAUAUGCCCUCAGUUCCAUCUCCACCACAACUGCUAGCUGCAUUUGUUCUUUGUAGUCCUUAGUUCAACUCCUCGUUCAUAGCUAACUAGUUUGCCUCCAACCAGUUGCAAUUCUUACCCUUGUUAUGUUUAUGAACAAUUAUUGGAUGAGGUUUUUGGGAUAUCCAGAAUAAUCAUGGUCGAGGUAAGUGUUAUCAGCCGAGCUGAUGGCUGAGGCACUGCGUGCGCAACCUACAGAUUAGUCAGUUAUCUGCUAGCGGAUAACCAAUCAAUCUGUAGGUUGCAAUGAUUUCCCAAAUUACCUGUAGGCUCUUAGCCAAUGAAAAGAUAGAUAGUGAGUACAAUGUAUAAUAUUAUUUCAAUUAUUUGUUUCUUUCCUUAUUUGUGGGUCACAAUGUAAACUAGUGGGUAACAAGUAAUUUUGUCAGUUUUUGCUUGUGAUAAGAAAGGAGAAUGCAAUGUCAUGUUAAAAGUCACUUGGGUACAUUUUUUUUUCAAAAGGUCUUGUCGUUCUAACAGAAAUGGCAGGUUAUGCCAUUGCACCAGGAGCCAUGAAUCUCAGCACUUUUCUGUGGGCAGGAUUUGGAACUGGACUGUGUUCAUCUUCUGCUAAUGCUUUUAAUCAGGUAGUGUCUGUGUGUAAUGAGACUGUGCAACUGAGUUGCCUGUACUUGUAUUUAAAAUCUUUCUCUUAAAAAUAUGUUUGGAGGAUCAGUUUUAUCCAUGACCCAGGUUUUAUUUUCCUUUAUUUCAAAGUCAUUAUCCUACAUUUUUAUACCCAAAACUACAUGCAAGGGUGGCGUACUUUUCUACAGGUUUCAUUUACAGCGCUGUCACAUUAGUUUCUCAACAGUUUUUUAAUUUCAAAAAAGUGGAAAUGAAAGUUGCAUUUAUAAAAAUAAAGCAAGUGCAUAUCAACUUCCUACUUCCUUAUGAGAGAAAGUUAAAAUAAGAAAACAAAAUCACCAGGUAACAUUACAAUAGGUGUCUAAAACUUUUUUAUCCAGAUCACAGGUAGCCUGUGUAACUGAUGUAAUCUAAUUCUGGUUAGUGAAAGCAAAGUGCCCAGAUCCUUGUUAGGGGCCCCUAAUGGGCACCUCAACAAAUUACUGGAAGUGUUUACUUUUGCAUUUUCCUUCAAACGGAUUGGCAAUCACCCAUGGUGUUUUUAACAGGGCCAAUCAUGGUGCGUAAUCAAAUCCGAGUAUACAGUUGGGGGUCCGGGCCCUGUGUUGCGCAGGCUAGAUCACAGCUUGCCGUAGCUUUUUCCCUCUUACAUGUAGAUUGUGUGUAAAAGCUUUUGAAAUGAGGCUCACCCGUAAGUGAUUUGUUUUGUUUUUAGUGGCUUGAGGUUCCUUUUGAUUCUCAAAUGAGUCGUACGCAAAACCGUGUUCUCGUCAGGGCUCGUCUCAGGUGAGAAGUGGAAUAUUUAAUACAUUAUUAGGGACGGACCAUUAAAAAAGUUAUGGGGGGGAGGGGAAUUUUCGAGCCACAGGAAUUUUUUUUUGUUAUCAAAUUCCUUGUAUGAAUUUUUUUUAGGCCAUAGCAUGAAUAUUUCUUAGGAUUAAUUGGCGUGCAUGAAUUUUUUUCAUAUAGUUUUCCCUUGCGCGAAUUUUUUUUCCCGUCCCCCAUAAGUUUUCGAGUAGUCCGUCCUUUACUAGUUUUGAAUUUGGUUAUUUCCAGUGAGCUUUAAAUAACAAAGGCACUAAUUUAAACAGGAGAGCAAAACCCUGAAGGAUUCUGGUCAUAGUAGGAAAAUGACGGUAUCGUGCAAAUGGCCUAAAGUAUUUUACUGGGAUGAUUGCAAUUACUCGCUCUUAUUAUAUUUAAGGAUUUUUGCAACAUUUUAAUCUGUUUUAAAUGUUUUACAACUGCUGUGCCAAAUGUAAAUGACCUUAUUAAAUUUGUGGCAAUGCUGUGUUGCAUGGCAAGCUUUGUCCUUGUGCAUGUCAGGAGCACAGCGUGGUUUCAAACACCAUGCUACUGCCACUGCUGAGCUAAAUUCAUUUCAUACUGUACUUGUUACUAGGUAAGUAUUCACAGCCACUUCCCUUCACUAAUUGACUGUAUUGUUCAUUUUGCUAGCCCUCUUCAUGUUGUGCUCUUUGGUACCACAGCUGGUCUGUUGGGAAUGUCUGUUUUACUUUCUCAAGUAAAUGGAUUAACAGCAGCUCUUGGUAUGAAGAUCUCUUAUGAAAUUUGAAUUACUGUAUUAACUAUAUUGAUAGUUAUGGAAUUGACAGAGGUAAAUUUCCAAAUUAAUUGUAAAGGGCAAGAUUGCAUCCAAAGUCUAAGUUUCCAUUUGUUGUCCCUUUUCAUUUCCAAUGAAAGUUGCUGAAGUGCUGAUUCAAACUUCAUCUAGCCCUAGUUGGUCAAAAGCUGGAUUGUGUUAUCCACCAGGUCCGAGUUGUUCAAGAGGUGGCUAACACUAUCAACCAGUGGAUUAGUUUCCUUAAUAUUUAUCCAGUGGAUAGUUUGAACAACUAGGGCCAGGUAAUCACUAUCCAGUGGAUAAGUACCAAUGAAUGAUUGUUAUCACACCAUUAUCCACUGAAUCCAGUGGAUAUAUCUUGUAGCAUGCAGCGUGCAAAGAAAGUCGUGUCUGAUAGCCCGGGGCUAGUGCAUUAUGUUGCUAUUGGGCUAGUGAUUUUGGUUCUUAACUUGCCUGACAGGUAAGUGCUGUUUUUUGCGGAAAUUCAAAUUGCAGAAGGAUUGUAAUCAUUCCUGCUAAUCAAACAGGGUUUUGGGGCUAGUUGAAAUGACUUGUGGGCCAGUACAUACUAGCUACAGCUUGCCCGAAUGGCAGGCUAUAAAAAAUGAUUUUCGUUGCACCACAUAGCAUGUAUCCACCUUAUGAACAACUGAGGCCAGAAUGUCAAAGUGUUUAAUAACCAAACAUUAAUGACUGAUUAGAUACCAAUGAAAAUUAUGUUUCUUUAUACUAAGAUGUACACAACAGAGAUGUUUGUCUUAAAAAUAGUAACACACAGAAUCAGAUAUAAUGAUCUCACCUCUCCUUUCGCGAGCUGCCCACAUGUGACUUCGCAUGAUUCCCCAAAAUGGAAAGCUUGCUCGCAGGCCAAUAUCACUUCAGAGUCGUAAUCUGUGAAUACUUAUUUACCAUUGAAUCUUGAAUGGUAUGAAGUUGCUGAAUGUUUUACCACUGUCUUGCAGGUGCUGGCACUUUGUUCCUGUACACAUCUGUGUACACUCCCAUGAAGCGACUGAGCAUUUUGAACACAUGGGUAGGGUCAGUAGUAGGUGCCCUGCCUCCCUUGAUGGGCUGGGCAGCCUGUACAGGAGGCCUAGACAUGGGUGCACUGGUUCUUGCAGGAAUUUUGUAUUCUUGGCAGUUUCCACAUUUUAAUGCCCUCAGCUGGAAUCUAAGGGCUGAUUACUCCAGGGGUAAGUCUUUCAAAGUGAGUUAUUUGCUCGAUUUAUUCCAUUGUCAAGGUUGGACUUUGGAGUAAACCAUUUAAUGCAAUUGAAUGCUAGGGACUGAAAAAAAUAAGCGUUGCCUAUGUUGAAUAGCCUGCAAUGUAGAUGUUCAAGAUUUAACAGUAAGGGGAAGGGUUAACGGUCAUUUCGAUUCCAAGUUGUUUUGAUACAAGUCGUUUCGAUACAAGUUUAUUCAUUCCAGGUGUAAAUAGUUCCACUUACUUGGCUUAAAGAACGAAGAUAUUCACCCAAAAUGUUUCUCUUGUUCACUCGCAAACUAUACUUAAAGUGAACAAAAUUUUUGCUAAUAGGGUCAGGAUUUGAAGAACUGGGCGGCAGACCCCGCCAAGAAUUCCCAGAAGUACAUGUACCCCCCACUUGGCAAAUUGACAAUGGCUUUUUUAACAGGCCAAUGCUCGUGUUUACUCAAAUCCUGAUACACAGGUUAGAACCCGUAACAAGUAUUUCGGCGCUUUUUCUGUCUGUGGCGGGACAUUUGAGAAACGGGCCGCAUUACAGUGAGACGGAAAUCUUCAUGUCGUUGCUAAUUUGAAGCGCUUCAGUAACUCAUCUUUUUCCUUGUAGCUGGUUAUCGGAUGAUGUGUGUCACAAAUGCGCCAUUGUGUCGCCGGGUCACGUUAAGACACUGUUUGGCUCUAGUUGGCCUCACAACACUGUUACCCGUGUGUGGAGUUACAACAUGGUGGCUGGCAUUGGACUCGUUACCGCUGAACUUGUGGAACGCUUACCUGGGUUAUAAGUUUUAUAAGGACUCUGAUACCAGUUCAGCACGGAGACUGUUCAGGCUCAGUUUGAUCUACCUGCCAAUUCUCAUGCUAAUGAUACUCAUUCAUAAAAAGCCAAGAACUGAACAAGAGGAAGGAGUUGCGGUACAGGCAAUCAGUUAGCUGUACACUUAUCUCGUACCCAGAUGUCUUGCCGGGGAAGAGAUUAGCUACGGUCGUUUCGCCUACGAGUCGUUUCGCCAACGUUCUGUUCGCCAACGUCUUAAGUCGUUCCGCUAACGUGUCAGGUCAGUUCCCUAACUUCUUAACCCUGAUCAGCGGCUUAAAGAACGAGGAAUACGCAUGUGUAUCGCUCCUUUUCGUGGAUUUUCAGCGCUCGUUUCGUUUCUUAAGCGGGACAACUUAGGACGUCAUUGAACGGGGCGUUGGCGAAGUGACCGUUCCGGCACUGUACACGGUAUGGCUUUCUUGAUAGCACAGUUUAUGGGCAAUAUUCAAGUGUAUGUGCCUUUUUUUUUUCUGAAGAAAGGCUCUCAACGUCGCGUUGUUAUCAUUAAAAAUGGUUGGUUUUAACUAGACAGUUCACAACACUCCGUUUUCUAGUAGUUUGUCCGGAUUCGAUGGCACGCGAACUGGAUGCAAGUGUAAAAGUGGAGUGCAAAAGUUAAAGUGGGGUUGGGCAUGACCUCAACACGCACGUCGCCCUCGUAACACGCGUUGCCCUCGCUUUGCUCGUAGUUGGUCGCGUACCUUCCUUUUGCUUUGAGAGAACAGAGAUGCUGUGAACAGUUGAAGUUUUAAUGUGCCUGAAAGUUAAAGUGUUUCAAUAGCCUACUUCGUUGAUGCGACUUUGUACUUCUAAUCGAGGAAAUCACCAUCACUUUACAUUACUGAAUAUAUUUCUUCUCAGGGUAACGCGCAUGGCAGACGUUUCAAGGGAACAGAAAGGGAAAAUAAAAUUGCGCGAGAACACCUUUCAUGCACUCGCGCGCCUUCAAACGCCUGCCACGCGCGCUUCGUGUAAAUAGUAGGGAGCUUGGGCAAAGACGUUUUUGAGCGACCCCCGUCAACCGGAAGUGGACUUUCUGCAUUCUUGGGCAGUAGUUUUGCCCAAACGUUGGGGUGAAUCGUCGGUAGAUUUGUUGCCUCCAGGCAUAUUAAAAGGAAAAAAGGCCCUGAUUUCUGGUUGUCUUGGGUUACUCAAAAACGCCUUUUCUCAAGCCCCCUAGGGACAGGCAAAGAGGUCGAAGCUUUCAGUCAAAAUCGGCAAAUCACAGUAUUUAUUAGUUUCAGGUUUAAGAGAAGGCUUGCUCUCUUAACUGACUGGAAAGUGACUUCUUGCCGUCAAGGCAUUCACACCCCACUCUUUAUGAGAAGUAUUUUUCUGUCUUUUUGUUCUUUUACAGAUCGUUUUUAAUUGGCCAAUCGUAGUGUUGAAACCGGCUUUGACCCGAUUACUUAUAAAACUGAGCUGUUAAGUAUUGUUCAUGAAAAAAAUAAUUGUAAUAAUUGGUGUGGAUAUUUAAAAUAACUUUUUCCAAAGUGGUUUAUAAGAGUAUUUUUACUUUUAAAAUUUACUGAGUAUAAUAAUUAAUGUGCGGAUGGUAAAACUAACACCUUUGUUGUACAAAACAAUUUUGAUGCGCUUUUUAAAAUUGUAUUUCAGUUAAUGUGGUUCGACAAUUUUAGAGUGUAACGUUAUUUAUAGUGCAAAACAGUAAGUGUUUUUACCA